CAGGGUUCCUAGGAUACGUCUAUAACAUUGGGUCGAUAUCAACGCAUCUCUUACACUAACUUCGAUAGAAUGUCUGGGUGCCUAGAAUACACAAUAAAUGAAACAGCCAACCACGAGCUGGGUGCAACAUGGAACAGCACUCGAUACUUGGAAAGGGACGCCAAAGAUUUUAUUUCGGCCCUUGUUGCAUUCGUCACCGGAGGGACUUCUUUCGUGCUCAACGUUUUGGUCUUCAUAACUCUUUUUAUCAGCAAAGAACUCCGACAAAACACGCAUUAUAAUCUGGUUCUCUGUCUAUCCCUCAGUGAUCUGGUUCUCGGACUCAGUAUGUGUGUGGGCGGCUUCCGGCUCUUCACCCCGCGCUGGGCCACCUUCUACGCACCUUGUGUAAUGACCAGCGUCAUGUUUAUCAGCGGCAUUACUCUCUCGUUCUUUCAGACUUUCCUCAUCAGCUUCCAUCGCUUUUUGAAAUUAUCGGAUACCGACCUGGACCGGGUUUUACUGAAAGAGAAUAGGAAGUAUGUGACUUACAUUUUAAUUUGGCUCAUUGUUCUUGGCUUCAAUAUAUCCAUGGUCCAUUUUCGCCACCAUACCGAAAAACUACUAUUUUGCAAGUUUAAAUGCGUAUUUGGCUCUCGUUAUCCAAUCAUGGUGAUAUAUUUUCAGACUGCAACAAUAUUGCUUCUAUCUCUCACCAUCAUCUUUUACUGCCUGACCAUUCACCAAGUGAGGCAACGUUACAGGCGAACGUUUGCUUGGCAUGCGCACCAGAGGAAUCCCACUUCGAACGACCCCAACUCAAAUGAGCUCACGCCGCCAUCGUACGUGGGAGGCGAACAAAUGACUCUACAAAUGAAGAAAAAAAUAUUUGGGUCUAUGAAAUUAAUUGGGUUCAUUAUUUGCGCCCUUCUCUUUUGUACUUGCCCUAUGGUAAUAGCGUCUUUCUUCGACCCCUCGCAAAAGGUUUUGUUCGUAGUAGCCACCCUCGCCUGUUUCAACUCUGUUAUAAACCCUUUCAUUUAUGUUUUUAAUAUUGAAAAACUAAGGAGGGAAUGGAAAAAUAUUUGGCAAAUUAUUAAAGUGUUCUAAGUGGGGUUUUUUUUAUGAUAAGAUCCGACGAGAUAAUUUACAAGUAUAUUUGGUAUAUAUGUACGUUAUUAAAAAAAAACGAUAGUGUUGCCCUUGUAGAGAAACCAACGACUACUCGAACAAGUUUACUGGCUGUGGAUUCGUAAACUCUGUAUAAAGGGAUCUGUCCGCCCCGUUUAAUUUUCGCCUCUUUCGCUCUCAUUGUCGGCGGGUGAAAUUUAGACUCAUCGAUAAAACGAAUAAAACAUUUUUUUUUAAUUGCUCCGUUGAUUUUAAAUAGUAACUAUUACACAACUAGGUCUGGGCUAAUUCAAGACGGGCGAAACCGUUAGCAAGUGUUGAAAAAAGGGUGGGGAAAACACGGAGCGGAAAUUACUCUGUAUGCAAUCUUUAUGGUUGUUUAUCAACAACUCUACGAGAUAGCCACCAAAUUGAUAAUCUAUAGGCAAUAUAGAGCCACAUUUCGUCACGUUCAAACAAAAAUUUAAAAAAAAACUUGCAGUUUAUGACGCACAAAAAUGGAAGAAGGUGGAAAGUCUUUAAAAGUAUUUUUUCAAUGAAGUUGUGAUGAAAUACAAAGUGUUGUUAAGUUAGCAUUAGUGUCUACCAGAGUGCCAGAUCAUGAGUGUGUUAUCCAUUCAGCUUUUGUGACACGAUUAAGCUCAAAACACAUUCAAAAGAUAAUGGAAGUGAAUGAUUUUCCAAUAUUGAAUUACAGGAGAGGACUUUUUCCCUCCAGUAUAUCAAAAGUGCAUUUAUAUUUCGGAUUCAUUUUACAACAGAACGCACGACAACAUCGUAAAUACUUUUAGUCUUAUGAAUGCUCUAUGAUGAAAUAUAUAUAUAUAAAAUCGGCUAUCAAAUAAAUGAUUAUAUAUACCAAAUACAAAAAUAUUGAUUCUCCUCGAAUCGAUGUUAAAUGUUUAUAGGUCAUGUAAAAUGUCAUCCUCGUAUAAGAUUAAUUUUUUUUUACAGCUAUCCUAAAACCUGUGAAUUUAAAGAAAUCCUUAAGUUUUUUCUUUUGGCAUUCAUUGUUUAUUAAGCAGCGGUUUUGAAUUAUAUAGAAACUUCAUAUGUUGUUUAAUCUGUUGUGGUUUUAUCUGCGUUCGUUAUGGAACGAAACACAAUGCUGUUAAAACCGUGAUUCAAAAUUGUCAAGAAAUUACGGGAUUUUAUCUUCAUCUACAUUGAUUAAAAGAAUUUUUUUAAAUUUUGAUAAAUGAACAUUAAGUUGCUAAAACUCCAUUUACAAAUUCAAAUCAAUUAUAAAAAGGAGAUUUUGUUAAAAUACUGACAUUUUAUUCUAUCAAUGGCUUAAUUAAUCAUGCAUACGCCUUAGCAUGUACCUUUAGUUAUUGUUUUUAAGGCAUGUUUUAUUAAAGAUUUCUACUUAAACAUGCAUCUAUGAAGGGUAUAUAAUACAUCAAAUUAAAUUGAAUUUAAAAGGAUUAAGUUACCAUCGUAUCCAUUUCGUUCAGACUGUUGGAAAAGACAGUGUCGGAAACCAAUGAAUAAUAGAUUCAUAGAAAAUUUGAUGUCGAAAUAUAAAGGGAAUCAGAUAAGAUAGUUUUCGGCUUAAUUGGGUUUUGUUGUAAAGUUAGCUACCUAAAUAUAAUGAUAAAAAAAAAUCAUUGUUAUUACAUGAACAUUGAAGAAAACGUUUUCAAGUUUGACCUAUUUGUAUGAUAUCAAUUAAUUAAUGUUUUUAAAAAAACCAACAAAGUGUUUGUGUAUUUUGUUGUAAGUUCUGUAUUCAAAGUAAAAUUGUCAUAUAAAUGGCUGUUCUGUUAUAUAAGUUUGCAAAGCCAAUGUUUCAUUUAUUGCAUUUUACUCAAUGACAACUUAUUACAUGGUCAUACAUGCAUGUAAAACAUAGCAAUUCUGUGAUUUAAGAAUGCACUUGAAAGUACAUGAACAAAACGGUGUAGUACUGUUUACAUGCAAUGCGAUACGGUACUACUAUUGCACUGCGUUAUUGAUUGUAAUAUACAAAUUAGUAUUCACAUUCAGCCUGGAUAUGGUCAAUAAAUUACCUAUCAAAUGAACUUACUGGAAAUAUACGGUAAUAUAAAAUAAUACGUCGAAAGAUAGGCAUAUUCGCUAGUUAAUACAUAUGGGGGGUGGGGGGGAUGUGUAUUUGGACGUUAAACAGUUAGAAAGAUAAAAUAAUAUUAGUAAAUAAUUAAACAAUUUAAUGCUUUCUUUGGUGACUCAUACGGGAUAUGAAGAAGGCGACAUUGCAGAAAAAAUAUACUGGGUGUCCCAAAAUAUUUGAUACCAUUUACUGUUUAAAUAACUUUUGAUUAGAUUUAUUAACAAAAAAUCAAAGGCAUUUCCAUAGCUUUAUAUGAUGUAAAUUUUCACUCAACACAUUUCAUAAACAUUCGUAUGUAAGUUUCUGACAAAUUAAACAUUGUUUUUAAAAGCAAAAUUAAAAAGAGAGUGCGUCAACAUGGCGUCCUUUUUCGUCAGUGGCAACUGAUGAGUAAAACUCCUCACAGUAACCACUGUACGGAUCCCAUUUGCUCAAAUCUUCUCACUAUUAAAAGAAUCUGUUGCUUGUUGGGAAGUUAUUUCAUAAAUCGUACAACUAAAUCUGGAAUAUAGAUUUAUAUUAAAAAAAAGUUUGAAAAAUUUAAGAAAGAUGCUUUCUCUCUUGUCUGAAUUAUCUUGAAAAAAAAUCAAUUCAACCAAAGAAAUACGAUGCAAUUUUUGACAUCAUAAUUCAUAAACUUUUUUGUUGGAAAAAAUUAAACGAUUAUACUUUUUAUCUGAGUUACAAUUUGCAUGUUUUGGCCAAAUAUUAUUUAAUUUAUAUGAAUUUCAAAUGGUAUCAGAUAUUCAUGGACACCCACGUGUCCCCCCCCCCCCCCAAAUGAUCUUAAACUGUGCAUGCGUCGUCUUGACGUCAUGUUUUGGACGUUACCGUGCUCCGUGGUGACAAAAUGUCAAAAAUACUUUUUAAUGAUCAAUUAAGUGGAAUGAAACUUCUUAUUUCAAUGAAAUAGAUGUCUGUGCUUAUAUAUUAAUGUGUCAGUCAUGACUAAAAAUUAUAAAAAAAAAAAAAAAACUAAAAACAAAGAAAACGCCUGUUAUUUAGACAAUGCCAUCUUUUUAGGAGAGAUAAUGAAAAUAUAGUCUGACACAUGGAUAUUUUUAAAGAAUUUUUCUCAAAGUAAUACUUCGAAAUUGGAAAGAUUAUUUGUAAAUAUGUUGGGAGCAUAAGACGAGAAACGGGUUUAUCUUCUUUGAUAUACGAUAUCACUGCAAUACCAUGCAUUUCUUUGUUCGUUUCUUCUUUAAUUAUUAACAUUUAUUUCUGAUUUCCCUUGGGUUUUGUGAGAUGAAAUACGUUUAGCAGAACUACAAAAAAUAAAAUCAUCCGCAGAUCUAAAAGAAAACUGUCUGUCUUGAUUCCAGAUUUCAAGGCUAUCACUCGGUACAUGUUGCUAUGACAUUAAACUAGCUUGUAUAUCUUAAACUGUUAACUGGCCUAUAUUCCUUCCACUUAAAAAAGAAACACAACCCAAUCCCACUACGGGUACAAAAAUAAGC